AUGGAGAAGGAGCUAUCAAACGCACUUACCAAGGGAUUGCCCUUCCCUAUCAUCAAGGUGAUUGAAUAUCUUUCUGGAGACGGUUUCAGUUGGGGCAGACAGUAUCGUGUUGCUGGAUACUACACGGCAUAUGAGCUGGUUGGAUAUGUAGGUCAUGACAACCCGUUGUUUGGUCGUUUGACUCGCGGUUGCAUCCUUACUGCAGUACUGCUGAGCACAAGGCGGGUAAUUAAAUCGAAAAUGGUUUUACAAUAG